CCAGACCCCCGGUUCCAGGCUAAUGGAGGCAAUUUAGACUGCAGCAGGACCUCGUCCAUCGUUUGUCAAAAGUCCUAUUCGGCAGCAGAGGUAGAGUCAGGAGGACAGCAGGAACCGCUUCCCCCGCCCCUCGGUCGAGGAUUUAUUGAGUAUUUGCUUUGAGCAAUUAAGUUGCUCUGAUGAUGUUACCAAGCCCGGUCACUUCCACACCUUUCUCUGUCAAAGACAUUUUGAAUCUGGAGCAGCAGCAACAACAGUACAACGGCGGGCACUUGCAGUCGGACUUGGAGCAGCAUUUCCAUUCGGCCCCCUCCUGCAUGUUGGCUGCUGGGGAGGCGGCCCAAUUUUCUGACGGGGGGGAGGAGGAGGAGGAGGAGGGAGAGAAACUGCCCUAUUUAAACUCAAUAGCCACAGCCGAGAGCCACGGGGAGACGGGGAUCUGUCCCGACAGCUAUGUCCACACGGUCCUCCGAGGCUCCUGCGGGCCCAAGGACCAAGAAGAGGAGGCCGACGGGGUCGUGAGGGACAGGAGCCAGAAGAGCUGCCCGCUGAAGAAGCCGCUGGAGGCAGGAGAGUGCAAGGCGGAGGAGAGCGAAAGGCCGAAGCAGCGCAGCCGGAGGAAGCCCCGGGUUCUCUUCUCGCAGGCUCAGGUUUUCGAGCUGGAAAGGAGAUUUAAGCAACAGAGGUAUUUGUCUGCGCCGGAACGGGAGCACCUCGCCAGUAGCCUAAAGCUCACAUCUACGCAGGUGAAGAUCUGGUUCCAGAACCGGAGGUACAAGUGUAAGAGGCAGCGUCAGGACAAGUCCUUGGAGAUGGGGGCGCACCCACACCCACCGCCUCCCAGGAGGGUGGCGGUGCCAGUGCUAGUGAGGGACGGGAAGCCCUGUAUCAGUGGGGCGCAGAGUUAUAACGCUCCUUACAGUGUGGGCGCGAGCCCUUACUCCUAUAACAGCUUCCCGAGCUACGGUUACGGGAACUCGGCCGCCGCCGCCGCUGCGGCAGCCGCCUAUAGUGGCAACUACGGCUGCACUUAUCCCGGGAGCAGCGGCGCGACUGCAGCCGCGGCCAUCCCGCCAGCCUGCAACGCGGCGGGAGGCGGCCCCUUUGUGAACGUGAGCAACCUGGGAGGCUUCGGAGGCGCAGCACAGCCCCUCCAGAGCCUCCACCAGGGCAGCGGAGUGCCAGCCUGCGCCCAGGGCACAUUGCAGGGCAUCCGAGCCUGGUAGGGGCGGGCAAGGAAGCUCCGGAGCAGCCGGCAGGGCAUUCAUCAGACUGAAAGGCGGGAAAGACCUGGCCAGGGGAAGAUGGACCUGGCAGCGUCCCCUUCCUAAAGAAAUCUCCGGGCCCCAGGGUUCAGAGUGCAGCUGACUCGGGACCGGAAAUGGUGGGGACAGGGAGGACAAGCAGGGCUCCCGUUUCUACCCCAGCAGACUGUAUUUGGCAGAAAUGGCUCCUUGGCAUAGAGGAGAAAUAAUGGUCUAUACAUAUAUACUUAAAGCUAUACUAUGUAACAGCAACAUGUUUGAGGCCAACCACCAUGAAGCUCAGAGAACAGGCCAGAGGCUGGUGGCUCUUAGCAAGCCUGCAUCCCGGGCGGCCAGUGAUGGGACUCCCAAUUCUCUAAGCGCCAGAUUCGAGGGAAUUCUUUUCCCCACCCUUCCCUCAGCUUGCACUAAGAAUUAGUAUUAGCGAGGAAAGAAAAGGGUUCUGAGUGACCUGAUCCCAUACUCCCUCCUCUCUCUUUGCUACCUUUCUGAGCUCUCCAGCCUCUCUCUAUCCUGUUUUCAGAAGAGGACCUGUCUCCAUAUCCCCACAAACAUAACAGUCUUUUCUGCAGUCCUUUAACUGUCCUUACUACUCGUACCCCGAGCCCUCUAUAUCAUACCCCACCCCCACCCCACCCCAGGCAGACUUACUAGGUUGGAGGCUGAGAGGAGGGGGAUCUGGAAAGAAGUAGGUCCCAAGAGCAUCCCGCCCACCUCCUGGAUGGCCAUGGGAGAGUUCUCAGCCUCCCCUCCAAGGCCGCCCGGGAGCAGGCAUGCCCCAGGAUUCUUAAAUUUUCCAGUCCAAUUUGCAGAUUAGCGGAGCAAGCUACGAGAUCAAAGGGUUUCAGGGGUUAAACAAAUUGUGUAGCUCCUGGCACCCUGGAAGGCGUUACUUUGUUUCUUUUCUGUUCCAUAUUCUGUAUCCAGCACAUAUUAUAAAUAUAUAUACCUAUAUACACACCGUGUACACAACAGCUGCCAUACACACUACAGGAAUUAAUAAAGAAG